AUGACAGAAGUGAAAGGAACUCCCAUCAUUAAAGGUUCACGAACAAUGCAAAUAACUGGCUUAUAUAAAGGACGGGCAAUUAUUAUAAAAGACUCUUACAGUGUUAUAAAUAAGAAGCUUAAACUAUUUCCUGCUAUGUUUAACUUACAAACAGGACCGAAAGAAGUAUUUCCAUAUAACUACUACAGCAGUACUUUGUUAGCAAAUGACAACAGAACUGGUGUCAUUUCUGAAGCAUGUAAGUUUGUAAAAGAUAUUGAAACGUUCAUGAAAAACAUAGAUUCCAUCAAAGGUUGCAGAAUAGAUGAAAACCAUUUCGACUUAGAAAAAUAUAGCUCAUUUUAUUGUAAACAAGAUGUAAGAAUUUUAAGAGAAGGUUUUGUUAAGUUCCGCAAUGACAUAUUGAAAGAAUUUGAUUUAAACGUUUAUGACUACGUUAGUAUUUGUUCAAUUGCUAACAAAUUAUUUGAGAACAGAGUAUACUUCCCGAAUGGAAAUCUUUAUGACCUCUCAAAUAAACCAAGAGAAUUUAUUUCGAGAUGCAUUCAAGGUGGAAGAUGUAUGUUGUCAGAUAACAUGAAACAAAAGAGCGAAAAGAAACUCAUUGCUGACUUCGACGCUGUUUCAUUAUAUCCAUCCGCUAUAGCAAGACUUUAUACUUUAGAAGGUAUUCCAAAGGUUAUGAAGGAUGAGAUGCUAAGCACAGAGUAUCUCAUGAGACAUUUAUUCGAUGACGACCAAAAGGAACCCAUUGGUGAAAAGUUUAUGUCUGGCUUCUUUGUUCUCAUUAAGAUAACAGAGAUUGGAAUACCCAGACACUUUCCUUUAAUAGUUUGUGACCCUGAACUAAAUCCAGAACUUAACGUUCCCAGAAGUUCAAACACUUGCUGUUUAAUGUAUGUUGACCAUAUAACAUUACAAGACCUCAUAAAAUAUCAAGGUGUCAAAUGUGAAGUGUUGCAAGGAUACUAUUACGAUGGAAACAGAGAUAUUAGAAUAAGAGAUGAAGUAAAGAAGUUGUUUGAGUUAAGGUUAAAGUAUAAGAAAGAAGGAAAUCCUUUGCAAGAAAAUAUAAAGCUCAUUCUGAACAGUAUUUAUGGCAAAACUAUUCUAUCUCCUAUUGAGUCAAAAAUAACCAUAGUAGAUGACAAAGAUGCUAUAAGAUAUGCCAUCAGAAACUACAACCAUAUAGUGAAGUUCGAAGGUUUGGAUGGUUCAGA